AUGAUUAAGGGAUAUUCAAUGUCUGGAACAUAUAUAAAUUCAAUAGGAAAUGCCAGAGUUCCAAUACUUUCAAUUUCAAUAUCAGGAGUGGAAAUGGAUAUUAUGGCUGCGCCUAUUCCGUAUAAUAAAAUUCCUGAAAAUUUUGAUCCAACAAAUAUAGAAAAUGAAGAAAUUGUUAAUAAAAAUGAAAAAAUAUUAAAUGAAUUAAUUGAUGGAAUGAUCAGACAAAAUGAUCAAUUUUAUAAUAAAAGUAUUUUGGUUUUGACAGGUUAUCGGAUUGCUUAUGAUAUCAAAUCCAAAUUUAUACAAACAACCAAACAAUCAUCCCUUUUUGUUGAUUUAUUAAGAUCAGUUAAAUUGUGGGCAAAAAGAAAACAAAUUUAUUCAAAUAUUUUUGGUUAUUUAAGUGGGACAAUUUUAAUUUUAAUGACUGCAAAAAUUAAUCUUAUUUACAGUACUGGAGAUUUAACAUAUUUAUUGCAACAAUUUUUUAAAGUUUUUAGCGAAUGGUUUGUUUGAGUAAACUAAUUUACUUAUGUUUAUUGUUAUUUUUAUACUAUGUUGUGAACAAUUAGUUUGCGAAAAUAAUUUCAUACAUGCUUUUUAAAUUAUGUUUCCCAAGUUUGUGAAACUCUAUAAAAUCUUAACUUUGUGAAAAGUUGUUUGUAAAACUUAUUGUUUAGUCCAAGUUUUUUGUUCACUUUGUUUUGCUUUAAUGUUUUGUUGAAUGUUUUGUUUGCUUUUCUUUAAUGGUUUUUGGAUGUUUUUUUGUCCAGCUUUAAAAGUUUUAUUGAAGGUUUUAUUAUUUUGAUUUAAUGUUUUGUUAGGAGUUAUGUUUGUUUU